AUGUUAGCGAUUGAACAUUCUAAUGAAGAUAUACCGAGAAGUGAAAUCAUUCGACGUAUUUCGAAUAGUGCCCGAGGCGCUGGAGUAGCUGAUGCUGUCGCUCAAGCUUCUUUCAAUGAAAAAAAGUGGGUUUGGAUUGAAGAUAAGAAUGAGGGAUACGUCGCCGGUUACAUAACGAAAGAGAUGGGCGAACAGGUGGAGGUUCAUUUGAACGAUGGUUCGGUAAGGUUCAAUAAUGAUCUGCGAUUUGCCGUUGCAAUCCCUAUGAUAUUAUUAAACUUGAUGAUAAUCCAGAUUCGUAUUGUCGGCCUGAGCGAAACUGAAAAAAUGAAUCCACCCAAAUUUGACAAAGUAGAAGACAUGGCCGACCUGACACAUUUGAAUGAAGCAUCCACGUACUCGGGACUUUUCCUGGUCGCAGUCAAUCCCUACCAGAAAUUCCCAAUCUACACGGAUGAGAUCAUUCGGUCUUACAAGAAUCGACGACGACGCGAGAUGCCUCCCCACAUAUAUGCCGUUGCCGACGCGGCUUAUCGUAACAUAUUGCUGGAACGUGAAUCUGGAGCUGGAAAAACCGAAAACACAAAAAAGGUGAUCCAAUAUAUAGCGGCAAUUGCUAGUGAUAGUUCCGGCACAAAGAAAUUGGGCAAACUCGAGCAACAAAUUCUUCAAGCAAAUCCUAUAUUGGAGGCAUUCGGAAAUGCACAAACAAUUCGUAACAAUAACUCCUCUCGUUUCGGCAAAUUUAUUCGCAUUGAAUUUAAUUCUGCCGGUCAAAUCGCGGGAGCGAAUAUCGAAAGGUACCUGCUGGAAAAAUCACGCGUCACUUAUCAAACUUCAAGUGAACGCAACUUUCACAUAUUCUAUCAGCUACUGAAAGGUGCCUCUCCUCAAAUCAGAGGUAAGUUGCUUUUGGAUGGACAGGUGAGCGAUUACAAAUUCACAAAACAUUCAAGGAAAGAUAUCGACGGUGUGGAUGAUGCAAUAGAAUUUCAAGGUCUUGUGGAUGCCAUGAACAUAGUGGGAAUUUCUCAAGAAGAACAGAUGAAUUUUUUCCGUACGGUCGCCAUCGUACUGCAUCUCGGGAAUAUCGAUGUCACCUCAAACAGAGAUGAUCAGGCGCAAAUUUUGGAAACUUCGGUUGUCGAAAAAGUUUGCCAUCUAUUGGAAAUACCGAUGGCCGACUUUAUCAAAGGCAUCCUAAGGCCACAGGUUAAAGCCGGUCGAGAGUGGAUAACCCAGGCCCGCACUAGGGAACAGGUUUUAUACUCGAUUGAGGCACUUGCCAAAUCUUUAUAUGAGCGAAGUUUUGGUGCGUUGGUGGAUAGGAUCAACAGAGCAGUUGAUAGACCCUCGAACAAAGCAAACUUUAUUGGUGUGCUUGAUAUUGCUGGAUUUGAGAUCUUCGAGACAAACAGUUUCGAGCAAUUAUGCAUCAAUUACACAAACGAAAAGCUUCAGCAAUUCUUUAAUCAUCACAUGUUUGUUUUGGAGCAAGAGGAGUACAGACAGGAAAACAUCGAGUGGAAAUUUAUUGAUUUUGGAUUGGAUUUGCAGCCAACGAUUGAUCUGAUCGAUAAAGUUAAUCCUGUAGGCAUCCUCUCCUGCCUUGACGAAGAAUGUGUGAUGCCAAAGGCUACGGAUAAGACAUUCGUUGAGAAGUUACACAGCCUCUGGAAAGAUAAAUCGUCGAAAUACCAGGUUCCUCGCUUUCAUCAAGGGUUUAUCCUGCAGCAUUAUGCUGCCAAAGUAGAAUAUAGAACUGAAGGUUGGCUCAAUAAAAACAAAGAUCCUCUCAACGAAAAUGUUGCUCAUCUCUUGGCCUAUUCUUCGGACAAAUACAUUUCCUCUAUCUUUUCCGACUACCUCGGUGACUUCGUUGAUGACGGCAAAAAGAAUCGCGUUAAACGCGGAGCUUUCAGGACGGUCGGCCGUCGUCAUAAGGAACAAUUACACUCUUUGAUGCAACAACUUUAUGCCACGCAUCCCCACUUUGUGAGGUGCAUUGUGCCUAACAACGAAAAAAAGUCCGGUAAAAUAGAUGUACCUCUGGUCCUUGAUCAAUUGAGGUGUAAUGGUGUGCUUGAAGGAAUCCGAAUUUGUCGUGCCGGUUUUCCCAACCGAUUGGGAUUCAUAGAAUUUCGUCAACGUUAUGAAAUUCUGACUCCAGGAAUUAUUCCCGAAGGCUUCAUGGAUGGUCGAGAAGCUGCACAAAGGUUAUUGGAAGCCUUUAAAUUAGAGAGCACUCAAUAUCGCAUUGGACUGAGCAAGGUCUUCUUUCGUGCUGGUGUGUUGGCAGAACUGGAAGAGAUACGUGAUGCCAAACUCUCGCUCGUAUUCUCCAAGUUUCAAGCGCACUGUCGAAGCUGGCUUGGAAGAAAAGAUCACAAGAAACUUGAAGGAAAACUUCAAGCUGUGCUCGUCAUUCAGAGGAAUGUUCGUUUUUACAAUAAUCUUCGCGCGGAUCCCUGGUGGAAGCUCUUUUCCAAAGUUAGACCAAUGUUGAACAGCGUCCGUUUCGAGGAACAAUUGAGGAUCAGGGAUAACCGUAUACGUGAACUCGAAGAAAAACUUCUUAAGGAGACCGAGGAACGGACGAACUUUGAAUUGGCGAACGCCAAGCUUGAGGCAGAGAAAAUCGCACUAGAAGAAUUGCUGCACAAUGAGCGCUCCUUAACUCUUGAUAAAGAAGAAUUAUUGAAACAGACACGUCAAAGGGAAAUGAAUCUCGAGGAGGAGGUCAGGGAUUUGCUUGAGGAGCUCGACGAGCUUGAGGGACAAUGUGAACAAUUAUUAAGAUCAAAAAAGACUCUUGAGAUCCAGAUGCAGGAACUCGGUUUGUUAAAUGCCCCCGCUCAACUGUUAGCACAAAAAGAAGCCGAAGAACGACAGAAAGACAUUAUUCAGCUUGAGCGCGCAAACAAGUUGCUUCAGGCCGAACUCGAGGAGAUUAGAGGUAAAUUUGACGAGGAAGCACGCGAAAAGCAAAGAGAGGCCGCAAAUCGUCGCAAGGUAGCAGCCGAGUUACAAGAUUGUCAACUCAAAUACGAGGCGGAAACAAUAAAGUCCGCUGAACUGGCGGAGUCAUUAGAUAUUCAUAAAGCUAAAUUGGAUGUAAUCUCGAUUAAACUUGAUGCUGCGGAACUCUCUAGACUCAAAGUCGAAAAGACCGAGGGAUUAUUGAGACUCCAAAUCACCGAGUUAGAACAAUCAUUGGUGGAAAUUUCAAAUGACAAGAAGAUCGCACAAGAUAAAGCUCGAUAUCUUGAAGAACAAUUGGCUGAAUUAGAAGCUAAGAUGGAAGAUGAUGCGGUCGAAAUUGCUGACUUUGGUUCGCUUCGUUCGCGCCUACAAGAUGAAUUUGACGAGGAACGUGAGAGGUACAAAAAAGACAUUGAGGAAAUUCAAUUUUCUCUUGAUCAAACGAGAAAAAAGUAUCAGCUCGAGCUAAUUAAGCUUACCGAUGAAAUUGAAAUGGAGAGAGCCAACAUUUCUCGUUUGAGAGAGGAGAACAAGUCUUUACAAACGGAGAACGAGGAAAUUUUGGCCAAGUUUGAAGAAAAUCAUAGCCUAAACCAGUGGAGACGUGAAAAAGAGAGAUACGAAAGCCAAAUCGCAGAAUUGACUCAACUAUAUAGCGAUGCAUUGGCCUCUCAUGAUGAACUUCAGUCUCAAGUUAAUGUCUUGCUGCCGGAAAUGCGAAAUCUGAGAACGGCACUGGAGGACGCUGAAUCGCAAAAGAUGCUUCUCGAAAAACUAAAACGAAACCUUGAAGAACGUCUCGAAGAUAUUGGUGAACAAUAUAAUGAUGCCAGUCAAAACAAGAAUGCUGCUGAGAGAAACAUUACGGCCUUAGAUAAGGAGGUCGUGUCACUUCGACAGCUCGUUGAAGAACAACAGGAAAUGGCUUCGAUAUUCGCUGAAAAAUUGCGUAAGGCAGAACUAGCGGCUCUAGAUGCUCAGACUGAAUUGACAAAGGAACGCGAGGAAAGUCAAGAUCUAAUGAAAUCAAAGAUCGUACUAGAAAAACAGGUUAAUGAAUUGAAUGUCCGAAUUGUGGAUCUGGAAGCUAAAUUGAUGACUUCACCGCGUGGUAUAAAACGCCUGGAAUCUCGGCUCGAAGAAUUAACCGUUCAGCUCGAUAACGAGACACGCGAAAAGAAUGAAACCAUACGAAUGUCGAGAAAAAGUGACCGAACGAUUAGAGAAUUACAAUACCAGCUUGCAGAACGAGAUAAGGCCAAAGCACGCUAUGAAACAGAAAUUAGCAAAUACGAACAAAAAGUCGCAAAAAUGCGAGAAACCAUUGAAGAACUUCAAAAUUCCGAAAGUGCAUUGCAACUAAGUAAAAGGCGAGCGGAGCGUGAGACUAAUGAGGCAAAAGAACGUUCACUAAGACUCGAGAAAGAAAUCGAAAGGAUGAAAUUAAGGCUUGACAGAAGCAAUUCUAUCGCGUCUGCAUAUUCAUCCGCUUCAUCAAACUAUUCUAAUUAA